ACUAGCUACACAGCUAAACACCUACGUUAGUACAGUGUAAACUUUGUCUCGUGGAGCAGUGGUGUACACGUUCACACUUCGGGAUAAGCCUUUCAUACGGUUAUGACUUGACUGUGGUGUCAGCGGCGACCGACCUCAAAACCUUUUUGUUUCUUUAAAAAGCUCCGCAUCACUUAAAUCAAGAAUCCGGACUGAGCAGGAUGCUAGCAUGUAUCGUUAGCAAACUGCUGCAGGGAAUUAGCUGGUUAGCUUCCAAAUCCAGUCAAGUAUUAUGAGGCUGAAGCUUCCCUCUUAUUGCUCUCACUUAGGUUAAGUACUGACAGCGCAAUGAACACCGAGGCGAUAGUGAUCCGUAUAAAAACGCCGACAGGAGACAUGGACUCGUCCGUGGACUGUCCGUCUCUUCUGAACUUCAAUGACUUGCUCGUCGCAAUCAGAGAUGUCAUGCCUGAAGCCACUGUCACGGCCUUUGAAUACGAAGAUGAGGUGGGAGAUAGAAUCACAGUAAGAAGUGAUGAAGAACUCAAAGCCAUGUUGUCAUAUUACUGCAACACAAUGAAUGAACAACGCAUGAAUGGACUGCUGCCGGACCCUCUGCAGAUUUUUCCAAGAGCCGGCAAGACUCCAGGGAUCCGGAACAUACAUGGCCUGAAGGUUAAUACAAGGCCUAACCCAGCAAAUGACUGCAGUCCCGCUGUCCCAGACUCUAUAGCUAACAACAGCUUAAAAAAGUCAUCUGCAGAGCUGAAGAGGAUCUUGACAAAUGGCCAGAUAAAUGCCCAAGAUAUCCACUAUCAGGAGCAACUUGGCCAUGGAAAUGGAGGCACAGUUUACAAAGCGUACCACGUUCACGGCAAACGGGUUUUAGCUGUCAAGGUCAUUCCCCUGGAUAUCACGGUGGAGUUACAGAAGCAAAUCAUGUCAGAAUUAGAAAUUCUCUACAAGUGUGAUUCUCCCUACAUCAUCACUUUCUUCAGUGCCUUUUUUGUAGAGAACAGGAUAUCAAUAUGCACAGAAUUUAUGGACGGUGGCUCAUUGGACGUCUACAAAAGAAUUCCAGAGCACGUGCUUGGAAGGAUUGCUGUGGCGGUAGUCCAAGGCCUGACGUAUCUGUGGAGCCUGAAGAUACUUCACAGAGAUGUCAAGCCUUCCAAUAUGCUGGUGAACACCCGAGGACGAGUCAAGCUCUGUGACUUUGGUGUCAGCACACAGCUGGUGAAUUCCAUUGCCAAAACAUACGUGGGAACUAAUGCAUACAUGGCGCCGGAAAGGAUAUCAGGAGAACAGUAUGGGAUCCAUGCAGAUGUCUGGAGUGCGGGCAUCUCUUUCAUGGAGCUGGCGCUUGGCAUGUUCCCGUAUCCACAGAUUCAGAAAAACCAAGGAUCUUUAAUGCCUCUCCAGUUACUGCAAUGCAUUGUUGAUGAGGAUCCUCCAGUUCUCCCUGUCAGCCAGUUUAGCGAAAAGUUUGUUCACUUCAUCACUCAAUGCAUGAGGCGGAACCCCAAGGAGAGACCUGCACCCAAUAACCUCAUGGAUCAUCCCUUCAUCGUACAGUAUAACGAUGGAAAUGCAGAGGUGGUGUCAAUGUGGGUGUGCCGCUGUCUGGAGGAGAGGCGAGCUCAGCUGGCUCAGGGACGCAUGUGACUUCUUCCUGUCGGCAAACUGUGGUGGACCCGAACGUUUGAUCCCAAACACACAUCAAAGGAUUCAGGGUCAAAUACGUCCACGCGCACUGUACAAGUACCUUAUUAUGAAUGGACCGAAAUCACUAGAUGUUACUUUAUGUGAACGAUUCUUGAUGUAACAGACACCCAGGAGCGCGCUCGCGUCCUUUGAACCGAAUAUUAAUCUCUGCAUCGACGGGUCUGCACCUGGAGAUCCUUUGCAUUUCAAGAGAAUCCCAAAAAGCAGUGACCAUUAAAGUCGGCUGAACGGAGAUCAAUGGUCCUGAUUUUAAAGGAUCAGAGACGAAAAGAAACUUCAAAGCACAAGACUCGGGCGCGCUGGCAGAGUUACGCUCUGCGUCGAUGAUGGCAUCCCAAAUAGCCGUCUUGUGCUUUACUGUUGACAGCCCUCCCAUGAAUGUUAAGGUUUUUUGCCUGUGAGUAACUACCCAUCUGUGUGCCUAUUUUUCCAGUGCUAUAAUUUCUUACCUCAGAAAACUUGAUUUGUCACUGCAAUAUCAAGACACCCCACCCCUACCCCCGAAAAUGUACUUACUUUUAGCUCCUGGAGUUGAACAUCUGCAUAGAGUUUUUCCUGAACUGGUGAGGCUGAGUGUUACCUGCUAUAUUCUAGAAGCCAUUAAGACUGAAGGAAAAUACAGCUAAAAGCAUAAUCUCCCCUUACAAAGCACCACUGUUUAAAAUGCUCUUUUAUUCACAUUGUGACCACUAAGUUGCUUUAGAAUAAAAUGUCAUUUAUUAUUCCGAAUUAGACAUUUCACUGGGUUGCCUAAGAGAUCGCUUUAUUUUGCUGUAAAGGGAAAAUGUUAAUGCAGUGUACUUGACACCAAAGACGAUAUAGACGGUGAAUUAUAUUGAUUUUUCAUGAAUGAGGCAAAUGUAAGAGGCCGAGUGACUAAAAUGAAUUGUUUCAGAAAGGUUUUUAUGAAAUGUGUAAUGCUUAAGUGCAAUUAACUGGCAUUGCUUCCCCGUAUUCACAGUGAACGUAGCUUAGAGUGGCGCGACCUGCACAGCGUGUGAAUCGAUGGAAACAAAUGCAAUGGGAAAAAACAAACAAAACAUGAGCCAGCAGUUUAUUAUUUAUCAGUUCAACGCGGUUUCAUCCUUUAAGUUGUAAAUCAACAACCUUUAUGAAUGAUCAGAAACUGAAAGUACAUGUUUACUGAAGCGUCACAGAUGGGUAAUCGUGUUGUUCUUAAUGUGGGAAAUGCUGAAGGUUGCUGUGUUAUUUAGUUUUGAUCUUUUUGCACUUCAUGUAAAAAAUGGACAAACAAUUAGCAGGUUUGUUAGCAGUGACCGCAAAGCUCCGAACAGGCUGCUUACCUGUGCGUGGCAUUCACGAAUCCUCCUUUUUAUUUCAGCAUCCACGUUAGAGCAGCUGCACAGCCUGCAUGAGACCCGCGUCUGAUUGAACCUCCUCAUGUAACAAAAUUAGGCAAAUACUGCUCUUUCUCACUCAUGGUUGAAAGUGGCAGCACAAACGCUGUGGACGUGCACUUACACUUUAAGGUUUGAGUCCAUCAUGUAGGGAUAAGAGUAGGUGAGGUCAAUCACAACAAGUCCAAAUAGAACAGGUUUUUAAACCCAUGUGACUGAUGAUUUUGUAAGUUUGGUGAAAAUGUGCAGAAAUCCAUAUUGGAGCAUUUAAACUACAAUUUAAUUAAUAUUCACAUUUGAGUAUUUCUCACACACAAAAAGAAUGAAAAAACUAGAGAUGGCACAAUACCACUUUUUUAUGUCCGAUACCAAUAUCAUAAAUUUGGAUAUCUGCCGAUACCGAUAUAAAUCCGAUAUAGGGUAUUUUAUAAUCAAUAAAACUUUUUUUUUUUUUUUUUUUUAUAUCUUGCUGCAUUUUGUAUAAGUUAAACUUAACGUGGGAGUGCUUUACAAACAUUCAGAGAUGCUUGCUUUACUUCUCUGGGAUACCUUUCUCGGAGAUUAAAUGCCGGUUUGGAAGCACAUAGCGAGGCUCCAAAUGCUCAACCAGACCGCCUCCAGGUCUCGCACACCACAGCCGCUCUAUCACGUGACGCAUAUUCCUCCGACGUGCUAAGGUUAUGAGCUGGGUUACGCCAUGUCGCAAGUUUUGUGAGGUGUUUUUGUGAUAGUUAAUGGACCGGAUUACAUUUUUUAUUUCUCUCCAAUAUCUGAUCCAGUAAUUUAGGUCAGUAUCGGACCGAUACCGAUACGUAAUAUGGGAUCGGUCCAUCUUUAGGAAAAACCAAAAAUGUCUUGAAAUACAGUGUAAGCUAUGUACUGCAUGCUUUCGGUACAGUCGCUGUACCGCAGCCGAUGUUCCAGCUGUGAACAUCAGACAAACACUGGACGUUUAUCGAGCGGAAGUUGUGAUUGCACCCUCUUCUGAUUUCCGUGAAUUUGGUGUGGUCACACCUUAAAUUGUGUUUAAUAUCAGUUUAAAUGGUCUGGUAUGAAAAACAUGACAUCACAGUUUGGUUUUUAUUAUUAUUAUUAUUAUGUUACAGCAGGUAAAAAUUUUUUUAAGAUAUUUUUCUGCCUUUAUUAAAUGGAAACAGUUGAGACAGAACAGUUGAGGAAUGACAUGAAACAGCUGCGGUCAGAGUACUGCUCAGUUAUUUUGUCACCAUCAUGAACUUCACGAGUCCUCCCACCAUAAAUCAUUUAUUGCCACUAUUUGCCUGAAAAGCCUGCAAAAGGAAGUCCAACCUUUUACAAGUUUUUUGUUGUUGUUGUUGAUGAUGUUUGUUUUUGUCUAGCUUAGUUUUUUAGAAGGAAUGUCUGUGCAAGAUGCCAUUUAUUUUCCUAAAGUCCUCACCACUCUUGUAACUGGUGAAAAGUAUAAUAUGAAGAUGUUCCAGUUGCUGAAAUGUCAUCAAUGGCGAUUCUUCAAUGGUUUCACCAGGAGUAGUAUAUGUUCUCUGCAUUAUACUCUGUUUUUAAAUCAGCACUUACAUUGGUGGGACAUCCACAUGAUACUAGGCUGCCCUGUUGCUCAUGAACAGUGUGGUGGCAUUUCUUGCAAAGCAAAUGAAACCAUGAAGAUGGCAACAUUUCACAUUUCUGAACAGAUGUGCACUGUGAUGAUUCAGUAAUGGUCUCACAGACUUUUAAGCAAGAACAUGCCAUAAAUUUAAAAAAAAAAAAAAAAAAAAAAGCUCCUCUCUCGCUCUGUUUCUCUUGUUUCCUCCUAAACUUCAGAACAUAAAGUCAGUGAUGAGACCCAGCAGAGACACUCGCGCUGUGAUGUUGCUGUCUGACUAUGGCCUUUCUGUAAUUAUCCAUGUUGGCACAUAUUCCAGCAUAAUAAAUAAAAUGUAUUUAAA